AUGCCUCCAAAACGCAAGCAUUCCGACGAUGCGCCCGACCAAGACAAGAACAGUCGGCGCAAGAAGUCCUACGCCUACCUGAAGCCUCAAGUGCGGCAUAUAUCAGAGAGAACAAUCAAAUCCAAAUGGUCUACGCUUCCAGAACCGACGCAAGACAAAAUCCGUGACAUGCUACGAGCUCUUGAACGUCCUGUUAUCGUCCGGCAACAGAAUGAGCGGAAACGCUACGAAGCUCAGGCAGCUGUCCAGGCUGUUGUGAAAAAUCUUGGAAAGCGACUGCCGCGAAUGCCGUUUCCCCCGAUGACGAAAGACUCCGUGUUCGAGUACGAAGCGGCCCUUAAGGAACAUAGCGCGCUAGAGGCCUCUCUGUCUACGAUGAACGACAGUAUCGAUCUGCUGAAUAAUGAGAUUGCGAAGGAGGAGGCCCUUCUCGCAAAGGAAACAAAGCAGUUGCAGGAGCUGGAGAAAAACGCUAAGCGCGCCGAGUCAGAUCGGAAGAGGCAGAUGAAGAAUGAGCAUCCUGUUCUCCGACAGCUCCAAGAUGGAUCCGAGAAACAAACCAAAGCGCCUUCCGGGUUCAACCUCUCUUUCGCAAAGGACUCGCUGGACUUUAGUGAGCUCGAGACCGACCCGGAAGUGUCAGGUCUACUAAAGCAGCUGAACAACCACCUGAAAUCGAUGCAAAGCAACACAGCCCCUCUUGCUGGACUUAAUGAUGCCAUCAAACGGUCACAAACGGCGCUCACUCUAGCAACUCUGCCUGAUGACUGA